GGAACGAAUGCAAGACCCAAUUGCGCCACCACCCUUUUCUACUUUGCUUUUCGCGAGAGAUUCCAUAAACCCUCUCUCUCUCUCUCUCUCUCUAAUUGCGCCACCACCCUUUUCUACUUUGCUUUUCCCGAGAGAUUCCAUAAACCCUCUCUCUCUCUCUCUCUCUCACUCUCUCUCUCUCUCUCUCUCUCUCUCUCUAUAUAUAUAUAUAUAUAUAUAUAAUAAUCAUCUAUAUCUAUCUGCUGGUAUAAGAACCCAUGCUUCAUCGCGUCAUAGAGUCCGAGCUUCAUUCUUGAGUUUUUCUUUUUCCUCUCUCUUUCUCUCUUCUGGAAUAGUCUAAAUGGCGGAUCACAAUACGAAAUCAAACAUUUCCUUCGCCGGAACGUUCGCCAGUAGCGCAUUUGCUGCUUGCUUCGCCGAGCUGUGUACUAUUCCAUUGGACACUGCUAAGGUUAGGCUUCAGCUCCAAAAGAAAGCAGUUGCAGGGGAUGCAUUAACUUUACCAAAAUAUAAGGGAAUGUUGGGUACAGUUGCUACUAUUGCGAGAGAAGAAGGCCUAGCUUCUCUCUGGAAAGGCAUUGUACCUGGAUUACAUCGUCAAUGCCUAUUUGGAGGUGUAAGAAUUGGGAUGUACGAACCUGUUAAGGCCUUCUAUGUCGGUGAUAAUUUUGUUGGGGACGUUCCUUUGUCCAAGAAAGUACUUGCUGCACUUACUACUGGUGCUCUUGGAAUUACAAUUGCAAACCCUACUGAUCUCGUGAAAGUCAGACUCCAAGCUGAAGGAAAAUUGCCUCCUGGUGUGCCAAGGCGAUAUUCUGGUGCACUGAAUGCUUAUUCUACUAUUCUGAGACAGGAAGGAGUUGGGGCUCUAUGGACUGGGCUUGGGCCUAACGUUGCCCGAAACGCAAUUAUAAAUGCUGCUGAACUAGCUAGCUAUGAUCAAGUGAAGGAGACAAUUCUAAAGAUUCCCGGGUUCACGGAUAAUGUUGUUACUCAUUUAUUUUCUGCUUUGGGGGCUGGCUUUUUCGCAGUCUGUAUUGGCUCUCCAGUUGACGUGGUUAAGUCAAGAAUGAUGGGGGAUUCUUCUGCAUACAAAAAUACGCUUGAUUGUUUUGUGAAGACUUUGAAGAAUGACGGGCCUUUGGCUUUCUACAAGGGCUUUAUCCCGAAUUUUGGACGGUUAGGAUCUUGGAAUGUGAUCAUGUUUCUAACCUUGGAGCAGGCUAAGAAGUUCGUUAGAAGUAUCGAGUCACCUUGAGAUUAGAGGAUAGACAACAAAGCCUUGUGAGGAAACAUUUUCUAGGAGGAUUUGCAUACAGAACCGACGGAUGUCAAAAGCAGAAUAAGAACUUAUCUGCCCCAGUGGUGGUUAUUGAAUCCAUUUCUCUUAUAAUAAAGGGGUCCUAGCAAUAGGAAAGAUUCUAUCAGGCAUCAGCUUGGAUGAUUUCAUUUACUGUUCUUGUUAUGGUAGGCCUUGAGCAUGUUUUGUCA